ACGCCUUCAGUCACCAUCCCCAAUCGGUGAUCAAAAUGCCGGACAAGAGGAAACCGUCAACAUCUGUUUCCGGGAUGUCGCCAUACGCUAAGCGGUCUCGUGUAUCGUACGCAGAAGACGAUGAAGGGGACGAGGCGGCGUCACCGUCUGUGGCGCCUAACGAACGGCCGCGUAACGACCCUCUUUACGGACAGAAGAGCGCGUUUCCCGGCCUCGAUGAUUCGGCGACGGACGAGCUGUUUUACGGGCCUGCAGAAGAUGGGCUAGAGUAUCUACGGAUGGUUCGGUCAGAAGCGAACUCGUUACCGUCUCUAUUUGUCGCAGUAAAGGCUUCGUCGGCUCCAACAGCUAAACCGGCAGGUCCACCUGAGGAAACCGAAAUUCCAGAGGAGGAUCUACAACCUACACAACCGGUUCGAAAAGGUGUCUAUGCAGACGGCGUCUAUUUUGUGUCCAAGGAUGCGGAAGGUCACUCGAUCGCGCGCGCCGGUCAAGUGCAGGAAGAACAAUUCCCAGACGCCCAGGCCGCAUACUAUAACCUUCUCCGGCAUCGGUUCCUCCUCCUACGGACCACCCUGAGAUGCACGCCGCCCCCCGCGGCGAUUGCCGCUCUAGAUGACUCCCAUCCGAUCAGUCUGCCGGCGAACUCCAAGCUAGCACACAAGGAGUGGCGGCGGUUGUUACUCGCGGUAGACCCACAAAUGGUCCAGCUCGCAUGCAUGGAUAUAGACAGUGUUCUGGGCGUGUUGGGGAUCAUGGCAAGACUCAUAUCAGAGAACAUCAGGAGCGGAGAUGAGGCUCGAAUUAGAAGAAUGGGAGCCUGGGCCUGGGGCUUACUUGGGAAGUGUCGUGAGGUUGGAGAGAUGGCUACCGAAGAGGUAGGUGAGAUCCGGGGUCUGGGAAAACGGGCCGUGACCAUUGUGAAGAAGAUGAGAGAAGAGAAUAAGAAACGGCCUGAGAGCGACGAUGGUCGCGAUGAAGGGGAAGUAGAGCCAGGCGAUACUGGCGACAAAGCUUCUGGUUCUGCUGAGCCUGACGUGGAAAAUGAUAAUCAUAGCGAGCCUCUUGAUUCCUCUGACGAGCCGACAGUUCAACCAGACACGGGUUCUGAGGAGUUAGAAGCCGCGAAACUGGAGCUACAGCGUAGGCUACAAAGCACCGAAGAGCAUAUCCGGUCGACAGAGGAGAACACCGAGGAAGAUGACAGUGUACGAAAGCAGAUCGGUGCUCUGUUGGAUAUGAUCCUCACGGUUGUGGGCGAAUACUACGGCCAGCUGGAUCUCCUCGAGGCACGAGGGCAAUGGGAAAAAUGA